UAUUGUUUUGAUUAACCACCGCCGCAAAAGACAAGACAGAUUAUCGUCGGAUAUCACUAAACAGUUUUCUGGAGUUGCUGUUUCAAAUGAUCUCCUGAUUAGGAAGACUUGUCCAGAAUCAUUUACAGAAUACACCUGGAAUCAUGACAUAAUUGAAACAAUUAUUUGUCACUGUUUCAAAUAAAUAUCAAAGCUUCUUCUGGAGGACUGGGUAGUUUCUGUAAUUGCCCACUUAUGCCAACCGAAGUUCCUCUCCAUUCAGCGACGAGGAUGAAGAUCAGGGGUUCUAGGGAGUCCAAGUACGGGGUCGGAGAAGACCACCACCCGACAGACGACAAAAACAGAUUCUUUGCCAAGGGGCGGGACUACGAGAGUCGUUUUGUCAACCAUCAGUACACGGCCCAGGAGCGGGAGAUCCUAUCGGCUUAUGAGAGUCUGGACUACCUCCCUCCCCACAGUCAUGUCUAUAAGAACUGGCUCAAGCAACAACCGGCUAGACUUGAUUGGGAUCGUUGGGUGAUGAUGGGUCUGAUCGGUUUCUUCACAGGCAUUGUGGGAUUCCUGCUCCAUCAGAUGAUAGAUCUUAUAUCAGACUUCAAAUGGGACAGGACAGAAAAAUACCUCCAGGAGAGGAGUAUGGGCAUAGCUUGGCUCUUCUUAACUGGUGUCAGUUUGGCAGUUGUCUUAGCUGGCACAGCCAUUGUAGUGUACCUGAGACCCUCUGCAGCUGGUUCUGGGAUGCCUGAACUGAUUGGGUUCUUGAACGGGGCCAAAGUGCGCCACAUCUUCAACGUCAAGACUCUGGUGGUCAAGUUCUUCUCCUGCAUCUGUGCGGUCAGUAGCGGACUACCGGUCGGGCCAGAGGGUCCCAUGAUCCAUAUGGGAUCUUUGAUAGGCGCAGGAAUCAGCCAGUUCAAAUCAGAGACAAUGAAAUUUGCUCUGCCGUUCUUUGAGAGAUUCAGAAACCCGGAAGACAGACGUAACUUCAUAUCAGCAGGAGCAGCAGCUGGUGUAGCAUCUGCCUUUGGUGCUCCUGUGGGUGGUCUCUUGUUUGCAAUGGAAGAAGUCUCAUCAUUCUGGAGUAUGAAGCUAUCAUGGCAGGUGUUCUUCUGUUGCAUGGUAUCAACAGUGACUACAGACCUCUUCAACUCAGCUUUCUCAGCAUUCAGAUACCAAGGAAACUUUGGGCUUUUCAAGGCAGAGAAAUACAUCAUGUUUCAGGUCCGGGAGGGCAUCGAUGUCAACAUCAUCAUGUUCAUCCCCACGGUUGUCAUCGGGAUCAUUGGAGGCGUCCUGGGAAGCCUGUUUGUCUUCAGUAACCUCAAGCUGGCCCGACUCAGACGACGCAUGAUCGCUCUCACGCGGAAGCCAUGGCAACAGAAACUGAUGCGGCUGACGGAACCCUGCAUCAUUAUAAUCUUAGUUGCCACAGGCACCGUGUUUCUACCGGCAGCCUUCAAGUGCUCUCCCUAUACAUGCUACUAUGAGGGCGAGAACAAACCACCAACGGGGUACAGUCCAAGAUGCUUAGAUGAACAAGCAGGCACUGGUCAAUCGGUCAGCAUGUAUACCUGUGAUCCGGGUGUGGUCCAGUACAACCCUAAUGGCACCUUGGCCUUCAGUAACAAGACUUUCAAUCAAGGUAUGUGCGUGGUCCAGUACAACCCUAAUGGCACCUUGGCCUUCAGUAACAAGACCUUCAAACAAGUAACAAGACUUUCAAUCAAGGUAUGUGAAUAUGUGGUCAUUGGAUGGGGUGGGAGGGGUCAAGCAGGCACUGGUCAAUCGGUCAGCAUGUAUACCUGUGAUCCAGGCGUGGUCCAGUACAACCCUAAUGGCACCUUGGCCUUCAGUAACAAGACUUUCAAUCAAGUUGCAACCCUCCUGUUUGUGACUGGUGAAGAAGCCAUCCACCAUCUCUUCUCCCGAGACACCCAUUGGGAGUUCACCUAUGCUGCUCUCCUCACCGUCCUGGCGUUUUACUUCAUCAUGGCUUGUUGGUCGUGUGGACCUUCCAUCUCGUCCGGUCUCGUUGUUCCUAUGCUGUACAUUGGGGGUCUCUAUGGCCGCCUGAUUGGCCUGACGAUGGUGUCCAUGUUUGGGGUCCAGACCGAUGAAUACUGGGCGUGGAUGGAUCCCGGAGCGUUCGCUCUGAUUGGUGCAGCAUCCUUCUUUGGGGGCGUGUCUAGGUUGACCAUGUCCCUCACUGUGAUCAUGAUGGAGAUCACCAACGACAUCCAGUUCCUGCUCCCGAUCAUGGUAGCCAUCAUGGUAGCUAAGUGGGUCGGAGACUACUUGACCCAUCCCCUCUACCAUGCCCUCCUAGAGGUCAAAUGUAUCCCCUUCUUGGACGAGGAACCGGUCAUCAUGCAUCAAGGGAAAAAUGUGAAUUUAGAGUUAUACCAAGCCAAACACGCCAUGGCUUCACCUGUCAGAACACUCCAUCAAAGAGUCUCCGUAGAGGAGGUUGCAAAGCUCCUCUUAGAGACGGAACACGGAGGGUAUCCCGUCGUCGAGGGAGGAGAUGAUCCGAGCACCAAGAACCAGUUCUGGGGCAUCAUUACAAGAAUUGAGCUGCAAGUCAUGCUGUUAAACGAGCAUCUCUUCCAAGGACCAAAUGAAGCACUAGACCAAGAUAACCCGGAAAUUAAUCCCUUAGAUUACCAAAAGUUGAGGUUAGAUCAUCUGAAGGAUAAAAUGUCAGCCGACACCCUGUUCCAGUCAUACGUAGAGGAUGAAAGAUACCAGAACAUGUUCAUCAGUUUGAUGCCGUAUGUGAACCAGUCUGCCCCCUGCAUCCCUGACUACUUCUCCCUCCACCGGACCUACAUCAUCUUCCGCACCCUCGGUCUCCGGCAUCUCACCGUGGUCGACGCCCAAAACCACGUCUUGGGCAUCAUCACAAGAAAGGACCUGAUGGGCUUCCGCAUGGAGGAGAAACUGAGUGUCGUUCUUCAUCCAGGGUCGGCGUCGCUCAACAACGGUGUACCCUCACAGGAGAGCUCUACCCCUGUAGAGCUUUCAGAUAAUUUUGAAGAGUGGGACUACUUGGAUGCUAACACCGGAUCGUGACCUCAAGGUGCUAAAGAGGGUGCUAAACACCAUCCGUUACCAUUCAAAUUCGUUAUAGAGUGGCGUAGCAUCAUGGUGCCAAAGUUUGUAUGUAAUGCUAACACCGCCAACAAUCAUACCAACCAUAGGUAAUGUACUGUGUAGCCUGAUGAAGACUCGCCAUUCAAAAUGGAUUCUUAACCGUUACUGCUAUCUUUUUUCUGAAACAUACAACUACAAACUUAGCAUACUUCUCUGAGAAAAGUUUUAAAACUCAGUUACUUCUUGACUUAAGGAGAUACAGUACUGAUUAACUCGUUAAAGUUAAAUUAUUCUAUAUUUUGUCCCUCUUAAAUGUAAUCAAGUACUUUUGUAUACAACGCUCUUGAUUUAAUUGUUUUUUUUUCUCACUAUAAUGGCUAGACACAGAAUGUGCAAUCUUUUUUGCUAGUAACUGAAAUUUAGUUUUGAUGUUGAAUAUAUAUAUUUUUUAAUAUAUAUAACUGGUUUAUUGUUAGAAGUGCAGGUCAUUUAUGGAUAUGUGUUAUAUGAUUAUGUUGACUUUGAGGUAAGAUGUAUAGUACGUCAGAGUGUCUUGUGAAUACAGUAAUGGAUUUACAAUUUUACAUCCUGGCUUAAUGUCCAAAUCAUUUCACAUGUGCAAUUGCAGGUCAUUUACUCUUUGUUGAGCCCAAGUACAGUUUAGGUGAGACCCAACAAUUUUAUUAGGUUUUGAAGGAAAACAAUUCAUUCAUGAAAAGUGUUCUCAGUAAAUUAAACAAUUCUAAUGUCCUGUCAAUAGUUGUAUAGACCUGUUUGAGUUGAAAACAAAGAUAUGAGAGUAUACUCCACUUAGCAAUAUAGCCGUAAUUUGGAGUUCCUUGUAGAUGUUUACAUGUUACGAUGAAUUUAUCAGAAAUCAUGGCUGGAACAUCACAAUAUCUGGCACAUUCAUCUUUUAAAACAAGUUGAUCAAUAUAAAACAUUAUAAGCUCAAAUCCAAUGAUCCUGUUUGCAACCAGUACUGAAUAUCAAAUGAUUUUAAUAUUUUAUUCUGACUGAUGAAAUACGUGAUAUCCAAUCUUGUCACUAAUACUGCGUUUACACAUGUAAACACAGUAUAAGAAGAUGGGUUAGUUCACAUUCCAGAGAUAGGCAUCCAGAUAUUUUAGUACAUGUGUGAAAAUCCCUAUAUACAUGAGACUGUGACUUUCGUGAGCAUACUGUUUAUGAUAUAAUAGGAUAUUCAUAGUGUAUUAAUUACUCUCAAAUGUACAAUAUAUUGUAUUUGUACCGGUAAACAAAAAAUAUAUAUAUUUCAUUUUUGUUUUACAUUUUAGAAUUUCAUGUUCCAUUGUUAGGUUUUUCUGAGAAAUGUUUUGAAUAGCUACAUGUUUCACAUGUCUUUUUCCCCCUUCUACAUUCAUGAACUUACUUCAGUGCAUUUGAAGCCCAUAUACGUAUAGGUCUUCUAAAGGAGGCUUUUAAAGCUCAGUUCCAGGAUGUAUCUGUAAUUCUGUUUAUAUCUGAAUUCCCACAGUAUGUUUCAAGUCAGGCUUUAUAUCUCCUUACUUUGCAUUUUUAUGUGAAAUUUGUAAAAACAAGUUGUUUUAAUGUCCUUCUUGCCCUUAGAUCUCAGUGAAGUAUUAGUUGUUUGUAGGUAAUGAGAAGAUAUAUUUGAUUAUACCAAAAGUUAGCUGGUAAUCAAAAUAUGUUGACAGGACAAGUAGAUGAGAAAAAAAAUCAUGUCAAGGUUAAAGGUAAAGACCAGUUAUGGUCA